UUAUUGUUUUUAUACUAAUGUUAUGCUUGCAACGUUUUUACUAUUGUAAACUUUUAAAUUAAAAACUUAUGAAUUCAAUAUUUGAUAUAUCAGUCUGGAAGCAAAGCUCCAGCGAUGAGUGAUUCUUGUAGUUCACAUUUCUAUGUAUCGUGAUUUAUUUGAACGAGUUAAGACACCGGACAACCCCCAAGAGUCCUCCUUAAAAUGUCCCAAACUAGGAAUGUAAAUGGUAUUUGCCGAUGCUGUCAUACCCAAGGUAUAUUUAAAAGGCUGGACGAGACUUAUGUUUAUGAAGGGCAUAAAGAAGUUUAUGAAAACAUGUUAUUAGAAACAUUCAACUUAAACAUAGUACCAGUUCUAGACAAUGUAAAGAUGUUUUAUGCAAUUUGUGAUAUGUGCUUACCAAGACUAAGAGAUGCUCAGCACUUUAGGAAUCAAGUUGUGCUGUGUGAAAAUAGCUUUUUGAAGUACUACACUGACUAUAUGAAAAAAGACAUUAAGAAAGAAAUCCUUCAUAACGAAGAAAAUACAGGGAAUGACUACAAUGAUAGUCAGCACUCAGAUAUUUGUGAUGGAGAUGAUGAUGAUGAACCGUUAUCAAAGUUGAAGACGGAGGAAAUAAAGCCGGAUUAUGAUGGAGCAAUGCCUACAAAUAAUAUAGAUGGUACUAAGCCAGAUAAUAAGAAAACGAAACAGCACAACUGCCACAUUUGUCACAAGCAAUUCACGUACUUCGGAUCACUAGAGAUGCACAUAAAAACGCACAGCAACGUAAAAACGUACAAGUGCCUCUUGUGCCCUUUUACGUCCAAAAAGAACAAAGAUCUGGUGCGACAUAUUGAAAGUGAUCAUAAAGUUGACGGGCAAUUUUCGUGCAGUGUUUGUCACAGUGUGUUCGAUACCGCCCGUCUGUUAAAGAACCAUUUCUCUCACCAUUUAGAUAGGUUUAAGUGUGAAUAUUGUGGUAAAGAAUUUCUGAGAAAGAAGGGAUUGAAAGAGCAUUUGAUAACACACACGGGGGAAAGAAAGUUUAGUUGCAGCAUCUGCAGUAAGUCGUUUGGACAGAAUCAUACGUUGAAAUCGCAUAUUUUGACGCAUACAGGUGAAAGGCCGUAUGUGUGCGAUGUAUGUGGGCGUCGAUUCCCACAGCGAUCGCAUCUGAAGCGACACAUGUAUAUAAUACACACGGGCAUAAAACCUCACUCUUGCAAAGUAUGCAACAAAAAAUUCUCAAGUAAAAGCUACUUAAACGUACACGAAAGACUACACACAGGAGAGAAACCGCACGCAUGUAGGGUCUGCAAAAAAAAUUUCACGGCGUACACAACACUAAAAGUACACAUGCGUAUUCAUACCGGUGUAAAACCGUACAUCUGCUCGUUUUGUGACAGACAGUUCGCGCAGAUGGCAAGUUUUAAGCUCCACGAACGGACACAUACUGGCGAACGACCGUUCUCGUGCGCUGUUUGCAAGAAAACAUUCACUAACAACGGUUAUUUAAAGAUUCAUAUGCGGGUGCAUACGGGUGAAAAGCCCUGA